UCUACAGGUCCAUACAGUUUACAGUUUACAGUUGGGUGAUCGAGAGAGGAGAACGGCGCGUUCGAAUUACGCUCGAAAGUCAAAUCUUUGGACACGCACGCUGCCCGUAUUGAUCCGAGAAUGAUGUUCGAACGGUUGUGUCACGUAAUAAAUAACGCCUACGCUUCCGACAGCCACGUCGAACAUGUCUAAAAUCGUUCCGAAAACUAUAUCGAUCCGCAGGCUACAUACGUUCGGGUGAAGUGAGUACGAACGUGCAGCUGUGUCGUCGAGCUUGUGCAGCGUCGUCGCGUCAUUCCGCGCCACUCGCCGAGUUUGUUUUGACAUGUGUGUGUUCUGCCAUAUUGGAUUAACACGUCGUACUUUAAGAGUUAAAUAGGCGCGAGUUUCGCGCUAAAGAGGUCGGGGGCGAUCAAUGCCCGAUGGCGUGGACUGGAACGCAACGCUGGAGAAAUCCUGCUCCAGAAGGUGACGAUGUACAACGAUCGAUCGAGCUGCUGGACAAAGUGCUCUCAGAGUACGACGAGCACGAAGCAGAGGGCGAAGGUGGUGGAGGCGUCGGCGUUGGCGUUGGCGUCGGCAUCGGUAGUGGCGGCGGUGGUGGUGGUGGCGGUGGCGGCGGUGGCGGCGGUGGCGGUGGUGGCGGCGGCGGCGGCGGCGGCGGCGGCGGCGGCGGCGGCGGUGGCGGCGGCGACGGUAGUGGAGGUGGCAGCGGCGGAGGUGUCGGGGAUUGUGGCAGCAGCACCGAACCAAGCAUUGGUCUCACACCCGACGACGAAAGUCCGUCCUUAGGACAUCAAUCCGAGGACGACGGAUACAUGAGUAUGAAUGGACGAAAAGCAAAAAUGGCCCUGGUAGCACUGCGUCCAGUUCCAGAUUGUCCAGAGCCACAGGAUCUCGCGGAAAUAUCUGCGCAAGAAUUUCCACCACCGCCGGAAGAAGCCGAACGAAUCAUUUCUACUUUGUUGCCUAUAGUGUCACCUGGAAAUUCUUCGAAGAGAAACAGCCAUUCUUCUUCUCGUCGGAGCGGUCGCCAACAGUGGAUGAUAGCUAUGGAGGACAGCAUACGACACGGAAACGGUAGCACGGUUACUACUCAAACGACUCUUCCCAAAACUCGACACCAGAGACCGUACGGAUGGGAAAAUGGAAACGGCGAACCACUGAAACUGACACAACCUCAGAGCCCACCGAGCAAAUUCGCCAGCUUGCCGUACGAUGGCAAGGUGUCUUUCGGUUGGAUCCCGCCCCGAACCAAUCCAACCACCAUCGAGAAACACCGCGAGGUCAGGCGUCGAUCUUCGGAAGAGGACGGCCUCGAAACAGAGAAGACACAUCGACAAAGCUUCGACAAGGAUCGAACGUCUCAUCUGCGAAAGCAACGCCAGAACAACGAGAUCAUGAAGUCGAACAGCGUGGAGGAUCGUCUGCUAAUGAAUCACGAGCAAUCCGAGCAGAACGGUCGAAGAAGAAACGAUUCCGACUCGAGCGAGGGCAGAUUCUCGAGAAAUUCCGAAUCGGAGAGAUCCUCGAUCCCACGGUCAAGCUCGGUCAGCGUCGAAAGAUUCUCCAUGCGAGCCACUUGUGGAUCGUCCGAUUUCUCCAGGGCCAACUCCACCUCGAACGAACGAUUCCACUCGGACUUUUCGAUAGCCGUGGCCAGCGCCAGUUCCAACGACCGAGUCUCCGUACCGACGUCCGAGCCCUUCUCCAUUCGAAACCUCGACUUUGUUUCGUUCUCUUUGCCGACGAGGACAGACUCCAACGAGAGGUUCUCGGCCCCGACUUCCGAUCGGUGUUCGGAGGAACGUUACUCGGACAUGUUCUCCACGAGGAAUUCCGACUUCUCCACGAGGAAUUCGACGGACUUUAGGACCCAAUCGGAGGAGGAACGAUUUUCCGACGAUUCGCUGGAGGAGCUACUCCCCCCUCCUCCGCCGAUUAGCAAGAGGCACUCCAUUGCUUGGGAAGUACCUCUGGAGGAUGAUCCGCUUUAUGCGCCGGGAAGUACCAAGGUGAUUGGUAGGAGACGACGUAAAAGCAGCGACGUGUCCAGUGUUGGUUCAGCGUCCAAACUCCGCGACUUCGACGACUGGCAAGAUCCCCGGUUAUCAACCACCGACGACGAUCUAGUCUCUCCGUACUCAGACUCAUCGACGAACGAGCUCGAUCAGAUACGACCUCAAGAACUGACCAAGAACGGCACCUACGUGAUACGUCGCGGUCGAAAGAAAGAACGAAAGAGCUUACCAAAAGCCCCGACAAAAACCAAAAGUUUGUCUUUCGAGAACAGCGAGGAGAGCCGAUUCUCCGACGUGAAGCGAUACUCGAGCACCUUCGACAAUAUCAGAAGCCUUCUGAGAGAAAAUAAACUGGACGAGCCCAUGGACGAUCCACCGAUGGCAUUUCCGCCGUCGAUUCCACCCGACUUGGUCAGAGUUGUCUCUCUUCCAGCGAUUAACGACGAGACAGGCAACUGGCCGCGGGAAUUAGAGGUGACCGUUGAAGAGGAGGAAAGUUCUGACCUCUCUGACAAGGAUAAGAAAACUCGAGAGAUGUUCGAGCUGCUCCAGUUGUCGUCUUCGUUAUCGUCCAACGACAAGCCUGAGAAAGGAAGGAUCGAUGGCGAUUCGUCGACUCAAGUGUCAAGAAACGCCAAUACCGAGUUAAACAGCGCGUGUAACGGAGUCUCGCUCACGGCUUCUAACAGCUAUUCGAAGGGGUUCGUUGGUUUAACGCUGUCCAGCGGCAGCGUGUUCAACGAAGAGCCGAGGAAAUCGCCGAAUCCCAGCAGCGAGCAUCGACCAACGUCCAAGAUCCCUGUCAAUUUAUUGAUCGAAGAUCAGAUUGUGAAAAAGGCUUUGAAGGAGAAUCGUAGACAAUUGGAGAAGGUGAGUGACGCUAUCAAGGAGAUUGAGAACGUGAAGAACAGCGAGUCUUACUCGGAGAGCAAGACACGAUGGAUAAGAAGCGGCGAAUCGAAGCAACCGUUGGCGAGGAAGAGCAGUCUUGAGAACGAAUCGAACGAUCGCGGCACAGCCGUAGACCGAAGCGGAGCAAAGCGACAGCAACACGACUCGGACUUUGAAUCGGACACGCCGUCUAAGACUAGUCCGGAAACAACGGACAUAGAAGGAAGGAGAACAAACGGGUCGGAGGUCUAUGCGUCGGGGAAAAGAUUAAGACAGAACGGAGUUGUCGAGGCUCAUAAGAACGAUCAGAAACAGAUUGAAAAUGUGAUCGAUGCUAUUCUCGAGGAUUCGAAGAAUCCAGAUUUUCAGGUGAGCGUGGAAGUUCUCGAGUUUCCUCCGUUACCACCAUCGCCUGUCGAGGAAGCGGACGAGGAAAGUUCCGACGUUGGUCAGACCGCGGCGAUCGUCCCAAAGACGAAGAAUCAUAGCAAUCGAACGAUGGAAUACAGGCCUAGGGUGCCACCGCAUCGCGCACCUGUUGCUAAUCAAACCUUCUCCGAUGCGAAAGAUCAACAACAAACGCCUCUCAAUACCAGAUCCAUGGACGCUGGAUUCUCUCGGGGUAAAAGAACACCUACCGUCGCCAAUUCCAGACGAGAGCAAAUACCUGUAGAACGAAGGACUCUGCCUACGGACUUGCCUGGACCCUCGCGACGACGACCCUUCACCAAGAGACACUCGCCAUCGGCAGAGCCGUGUUCCUCUGUUGGGAAUGGCGGAUGUGCCAACAACACUAGCGCAAAUGGAGCUAACAACAAUGGAGCUUGUAGCAGUAGCAGCGCAGGAAUCACCGGUAACAUUGUGACCGGUACAAGCGGAAUGCAAACCUCUUGUUCGCUUCCAGAGACCCCUGUUUUCGCUCGAGGAAGCGACAUCCCCAGAACUCCCCAGCAUGCUAGCAAUCCCACGCAGAUGCGUCGACAACCGGGUUGGUACGCGCCAACUACGGCUACCACCGGGUAAGAAUCUCCAUUUCGAUGAAGUAAUUACCGAUUUUCAACUAACUUUUCCACUGCUGUAUGUAUAACACGUAUCGUGCGUAUCCGUAUCUUCCGCAGCAAAUCUGAAAGAACAUGCGUAUGUAGCUAAUUGCCAAAAGAA